AUGUCCUACCCUCCUCCGCCAGGCGCGGGACAGCCGCAGGGCUACUAUCCUCCUCCCCAGCCCGCAUUCCCUCCACCUCCCUCGCAAACAUCGCCGCCUCCGCAGUUCUUCCCUCCUCCUCCGUCAGGCCCGUCCCCUCCACCCCAGCACGGGCAAUAUCCGCCCCCUCCCCAGAUAUCGCAAGUGACACAGUCCCCCUCGCCUCCGCCGCUCCAGCAGCCCACAGCCCAGCGACCAUUUAACUACUCGACGGUCCCGGCGUCCGCGCCCGCCUACAAGACCACGUUCGACCACUCGGCCAUCCAAGCCCACAACCGGCAACCCUCGUACGAUGGCCCCACGGGCCCGCCCAUCGCCGAGGGCGACGAAAGAGAAAAAGUCACAUCCCCGCGCCUGGCCAAGCUGACGCACGAGAUGGCCAACGUGAUGAAAGCCCCGCAGGCCCCUUCGCUUGUGGGCGUGCCGCAGGGCGGCGGCUUCGUGGGCACGCAGGCGGCCAACCAGGACGACGUGGGCACCUUCAACGGCGGCAGCUACCGCAUCUCGCACCGCGACACGAACUCGGUCCUCACGAUCCAGCUGGCCAUGGGCUGUCCCAUCACGGCCAAGCCGGGCGUCAUGAUCGCCAUGUCCCCCAGCGUCAUGCUGAAGGGCAACGUCAAGUUCAGCGUCAAGAAACUGCUGAUCGGUGGCGAGAUGGCGCACAGCACCUUCACCGGCCCCGGGGAGCUGCUGCUCGCGCCGAGCACGCUGGGCGACAUCAGCAUCCUGCGGCUCAAGGGCGACGAGGUGUGGUCCGUGGGCAAGGACGCGUUCUUGGCGUGCACGCAAGGUGUGAUCAAGGAGUACAAGAACCAGGGCAUCAGCAAGGCCAUGUUCUCCGGCGAAGGGCUCUACGUGUACAAGAUGUCCGGGCUGGGGAUUCUGUGGAUGAGCACCUUUGGCGCCAUACUCAGGAAGGAUCUGGUCGACGGCGAGAAAUACAUCAUCGACAACGGCCACCUCGUGGCUUGGAACUGCAAAUACGUGCUCGAGCGGGUCGCGUCCGGGGGCAUCAUCUCGGGCAUCAGCUCGGGAGAAGGGCUGAUCUGCAAGUUCACGGGACCGGGCACUGUCUUCAUGCAGACCAGGAACGCGAGUGCCUUUUCGGCGUUCAUCAGUGGGAAUGCGCACAAGGAGGUGUGA